AUGGGCACAUGGAAAAAAUUUACUUUGCCGUGGACGGCGCUAUUGCGAAUUACACCGAUUUCCAGUGAACGCCGAGCCUUUUUGUACUCUCGGAGCCGUAGUGAACCACAAAAUUGGAACGGCACCGCCUUCUGUUCCUCACAACUCAGUGAAAUACUUUUACUACGAUGUUGUAUUAAGGAUCUGCUGGAGACAAGCACCUUUUUCAUUUUCAAUCAAGAAUCAAAUUUUGCGAUGGCUAAAGCGAGAGGAUCACAAUUUGUGGAUGGUGGGUUAAAGAACCUCAUGUUACUCAUCAUUCCACUAACAAUCUCCGUCUUAGCGGCAUUGGCAGUGCUUCUCAAAAGACGACGCAGGGACCGAUUUGACGGCAUGGAAUUUCCGCCAAUUCAACUUCGCACCACAAUCGCCAGCAAUUUGAACGAUUCAAUGUCUGGGGAGGGUGAUGAUACAAUAAAAGCCACGACACAAAAGACAGGCUCUGCAUUAAGAUUGCUCCCCAAGUUUGAGAUCAGACCUGAAUUUGGGCCAACAGCGUCAGGACUGGUCCAGCUUGAAGUGACUCAUCUGGCGAUUGCUGCUCCUUUAAGUCGUCCACCUGUAUGA